AAAGGCGGCAACCAGUACCAGCAUUAAAGCUAGGCAAUUAGCUGCUCAACUGAUCCCCAGGUUCUUCAAGUUUUUCCCAAGUCUUUCGGUCAGUGCUGUAGAUGCCCAUCUUGAUUUAUGUGAAGCUGAAGAACUCGGGCCUGAUACUACUAAACAUCAAGUGUAAUGGAACUCAAGCAGCAGCAAGAGAAACAGUAUUGAAAUGCCUGAUCUGUGGAUUCCUUAUGGUGUAGGACUAUUUGGCAAAAAGAUCAGGGAAACUAUAUUGCCUUCUUCAUAAUUGACUUAGGUGGUCUAUUUUCUGCAUGAUAUAGCAGCAACUGGCUGGGGUAGGUGGUGGUUGAGCUUCAGCUUGUGUGUUUGGAAGAUGGAGACUUUUAUGAUCUUGUUGAGGCAGAAGAUAGAUUUUAUCAGUGCCGUCGUGUGCAUUAUCAUGGAAGCUUUUGCAGUACUUUCUUUAAAGGAGUCUGUUCUUGUUCUCGUAUAAAAAGUUCCAAAUAGUUGGGAACCUGAUCUAUGUGUAAGAUGGAUACAGAAUGAAAUGUGGUGAACAUCCAAAAAAAUUCUUCUCAUUCCUCAGGCUUAUUACACCCUUGAUUCCCUCCUGAGGAUGCCGUUUUCAGAUCCUUUAGCUGGCAGCAUUUCACUCAUGCGUGUACCUGCAAGUGAACAGUCUGAUAUUGAUAUGAUUGUUGACACCCAAAUUUUGUUGGUGUACCUUGCUUUUUAAUGGUACACAUCCACCAUUCACUUGAGAAAUUAGGGAAGUGGAGGUUGUUUGUGAAUAAAGAGAAAGCCAUGUGGAGAAAGAGGAUUUGGUUUUCAAUUAAUGGGUUUUGAGAGAGGAGGAUCAACAUCUAAAGAAAUCAACAUUAUUUGUCAGUUAAUAGAUUGGAAACCUUCAGGAAUGGAUGGGAGGAGUUUAAACAACAUAUGCCAAAAUGAAUAAGCACGCCUCUCCAUAUUUUACCCACCAAAAUGCUGCAUGGCUAAGAUCUUUGGGUAAUUGGCAUCCUGCAGCCUAUUUCUAAAAGUAAUUUGCUGUAUCAGGAAGAUAUACAUUUUUUGCAAGCAUACAUGCUGAGUCUGUUGAGUUGCAAUUACUUGUUAGUGCUGAAGAUAGAAAUUGGCUUGGGUUGCAUGUAGGAAGUUAUCAGUGAAGAUACUAUAACAGAAUGAACUGUUUUUCUGUGGAAACAUAAAUUGGUGUCUGAUGCUGCUAUCUUUUAGGCUUGCUUUUUUCAGUCACGUAACAGAUCAUGAAUGAAUUCUCCUAAAAGGCUACAUGUCAGUGGCUCUGGUAAUGAGAAUGAAGGGACAAUUAAUCAAUUGCAACAUUUUGAGAGAAUAGGGCUCAUGAUCCACAUUGUAGGCGACUGAUAUGAUGUUCUGAGAAGCUUCGAGCUAGAUCAAAGAUUUCUUUUAGAGUUGGAACAUCUGCAUGAGGUAGAUUAGCGGGAUUUGCAUUAAUGUCCUUUUGCAUUAAUUUUGGUAGCAUAGAGAAGGAGAGGAACAACAAAAUGUAUUGAAGGAGUUCAGAAGGCACAACAACAAGAAUGUGACUCUGGAGAGUGGAGAAAACCUUUUAUAAUGCUCAAUGUUCAUUAUCCUAUUCAACAUAUGCUUAGGAGUUAAAUUUUUGGGUGAUCUGCCAUUGUAUUGCUAGAAUAGCAGGUUUGCGUGCAAGCAAUUCGUGGACUUCCUCUUUUCUGCAAAGAUACACCUGAACAUCUUUCUAAGAUUGUUGAUAUUCUUGCCCAGCUCCUAACUGCUGGUAAAUUUGUUUUUUGUUCUUGCCCAGCUCCUCACUGCUGAGGAGAAUGUUGAGCGCGAUGCAGUACAUAAGGCUCUUUUAUCCUUAUUGAGGCAGGAUGUUAAAGGUUUGCGUGCAAGCAAUUCGUGGACUUCCUCUUUUCUGCAAAGAUACACCUGAACAUCUUUCUAAGAUUGUUGAUAUUCUUGCCCAGCUCCUAACUGCUGAGGAGAAUGUUGAGCGCGAUGCAGUACAUAAGGCUCUUUUAUCCUUAUUGAGGCAGGAUGUUAAAGCUUCUUUGACAGCCUUAUUUAAGCACAUUGAGAGUGUUGAUGAGCAGAUGACUGAUGAGAAUCUUCGAGAGAGAACCUUAAGUUUUAUCAGAGACAAGGUAUUCCCUCUUAAAACUGAGUUGCUGAAGCCACCAGAGCUAAUGGAAAGACACAUGACUGAUUUGAUUAAAAAGAGUCUACAAGAUGUGACGGGAGCAGAAUUUAAGAUGUUUAUGGAUUUCUUAAAAAGUUUAAGCAUAUUUGGAGAAAAAGCUCCUCCUGAGCGUGUUCAAGAGCUCAUUGAGAUCAUUGAAGGCCAAGCUGAUCUUGAUGCUCAGUUCGAUGUUUCAGAUGGGGAUCACAUUGCUAGGUUAAUAGCAUGCUUGUUUAUGGCUAUCCCAUUUUUUGAGAGGGGUGCAUCCAAUGGCAAGUUUCUUAAUUACUUGAACAAGCACAUUUUUCCUGUUUUUGACAAGCUUCCUGAAGAAUGGAAAGUUGACCUGCUCAAGGAUCUUGCUGAGAGUUCACCUUACACCACACCUCAGGAUUCAAGACAAAUCCUUCCCUCUGUUGUUCAGCUUUUGAAGAAAUACAUGCCUAUAAGAAAAACAGGAGAAGAGAUGAACUUCACUUAUGUCGAGUGCUUAUUGUAUACAUUCCACCAUUUAGCUUACAAGGCACCCAAUGCCACCAACAGCUUGUGUGGUUACAAGAUUGUGACUGGCCAACCUUCUGAUAGGCUUGGGGAGGACUUCUCAGAGUAUCAUAAAGAAUUCAUAGAACGCUUAAAUUGUGUGGAAGAGCUAGCUAGGGCUACCAUGAAGAAAUUAACUCAAGGAAUGGCUGAGCACAACAAAGCAUUGACGGCUGCUACUUCUGAGGAAGCAAAGGCCAGCAUAAAGACACAGAAGCAGAAUACCACAACUGGGUUGCGUACUUGUAACAACAUAUUGGCUAUGACACAGCCACUGCAUUCAAAAUCACCAUCAUUUAUUGGUGACAAGAGAAUUGACUUAUCUUGGAAAGAAACUAAGAAACUUUCUCCUUCAUCAAACACUCCUGCAGCCAGAGGUAAACGCCCUGCUGGUACAACGAAUGGCUCUAGCAACAAUGCCGUGAAAAAGGGACGUGGUGAUGGUGGAAUUCAGAACCAGUAUGCUAAUAGGCCAUUUGAAGGUUCAGCAUAUGGGGGUAGAAGUGGAUUAAGAGGCAGGGGCAGGGGCAGAGGCAGGGGCAGGGGCAGGGGCAGGGGUCGAGGUGGAGGUGGACGAGGUAGGGGACGGGGCUAUUACUAGCUACAGUUCUUUCCUUGUGACAUAUUUCUUGCACUUUCUAAUGGUUAUACACUAGUUGACAGAAAAUAAUUAGUUAGUGUGUUUGGAUUGAGAUGAUUUGAGAUAAAAUGAUUUGCUUCACAAAUUUUAAUCACUUUUUUAUCUCACA